CUAGAUCAUGCCUAAAUUGGACUCUUAACAGAUCUAGAUCUAAAUAUGCCCUAAAUAAAUCUAUUCUAAAAAUUAAGCACAUCAUGAUCUGCUGGAACCUGUGGCUAUUGAUCGAACUGACAGCUGAAAAAUGGAUGUUGAGUUGCAAGCUACGUGCAGUGCUCUUGGUUAUAUGGAAGAUAAAGUAUAUAUCAAAGAGCCAGAUUGUAUUGAAACUGUUAAGGAUUUGAUUCGUUUCUUACGCCGGGAUAAUGAUAUUUGUGAAAUCAGAAGACAGCUUGGUCAUACACAGAUUCUCCAGAAUGACCUUAUUCCAUUGGUCAAGUUUUAUCACAAAGAUAAAGCUCUUUUUGAAACAGUUAUCAAACUGCUUGUGAAUUUAACCCAACCUGUCAUCACUUGCUGGAACAACCAAAUUCCAGAUGAAAAAACUUUGAGAAAUUAUUGCAUAGAAGUUGAGGGCUACUUACAAGAUUAUAAAGAAGCUUUUAUAGAUGAAGAUUUCUUUUCUGUUUUGUCAGAGCAUAUUAUGGAAAUUCUUAAACUGAAUUGGGAUGAACUUCGAGAAGAAGACAAACUUCAAUUGGAAAGACUUUUUGUUCUUAUUCGUAAUAUUUUAAUGAUUCCACCAGAUCCAGCCAGAGAAAAAUGCACUGAAGAUGAUGCAAGCACACAUGAUCGUAUUCUCUGGACCAUACAUACCAGUGGUGUGGAAGACCUCAUUUUGUUUGUGGCCAGUUCAGAAAGGGAGAGAAGUAUGCUGUGCAUGCAUAUAUUGGAGAUUAUUUCCCUUAUGUUUAAAGAACAGGAGGUAGAAGCUCUAGCUGCAGCUGGAGUUCAGAGGUCGGUCACAGAAAAGGAGAAAGAUCAGAAAGAAUUGGAACAAGCCAGAGAAAAGGAGAAAGCUCAGAAGAAAGCCAACAUUCUGAAAUUUAGUGGCAGGCAUUCAAGAUUUGGUGGCACCUAUGUUAUCAAAAAUAUGAAGUCCAUAAGUGAAAAUGAUGUAAUCUAUCACAAAUCCCUUGGCGUUGCCAAGACUUUCUCCUAUGAUGAAGGUAAAGCUCCUAAAAAGGUGGCUAAGAACAGGGUCGCCAUCAAAGGUGAUGAUGGGAUUAGACGGUCAACUCUCAGCAUGAGGUUGAUUCUGAAAGAGUUCUGUGUUCAGUUCCUGAUCAACUCAUACAACCCUUUGAUGAGAGCAGUUAAAGAUGCAUUGACAAGAAAGACAACCCAAGACAAUGAUGAGACCUACUAUCUCUGGUCCAUGAGAUAUUUUAUGCAGUUCUGCCGGCUUCAUUGUAAAAGAGUUGACCUUGUUGGAGAAACCAUGUCCAUGUCAGCCUUUCAUUACAUUCACACUCAGUUGUUGAACUACAUUGAAAACCUGCGCAUCAUUAAAGAUCUAGAGGAAGCCAAGCAGGUUGGAAGGAGAACUCAUGUGGCCUUGAAAGCUUACCAAGAACUCCUUUGUACACUUGACUUCAUGAGCAAAUCCCAAGAUGAGCAAAUACGCCAAAGUGCCAAGGUCAUUCAGAGUAAUGUCUUCUAUGUUUUUGAAUAUCGUGACAUUUUUGUGAACAUGCUGAGAAACUUUAAAGAAUCAAAGUGUUCCAGGUCAUACCUUCGAGAUCUGGUAGAAGCUGCACACAUUUUUUUGAAAAUGUUAGAGGCUUCCUCAAAGUCCAGCAAGUUGGUUGUUCAGAAGAAAAAAGGGAAGAAGAAAAAGAAACCAAAGAAGCAACCAGCUCGUAAUGAUGCCAAUGUGGAAGAGCCCUCAGAAGAGCAGCUUGUGGAAUUGUGGGAGGGGCAUGCAUCAUCAGAAAUUGUCACCAUUCUGCAAGGUCACCCAGAACUUCCAGAAGGUCUUUCACCAUUUGACGCAGCGUCUGAGGUUGAUGUGGAUGAGCAAAGGGUUGAAACAAUGGUCAACAUCCAACAGUUCCUGAGAGAUCAGAAGUUUUCAGAGGCUGUUGCUUUAUUUCGAGCGGCCAGGGAGGUUUGGCCAGAACGGAAUGAGUUUGGCUCAGAUUCGAUGAGUCAAGAUGAUGAACUUUUAGCACUGAGGGAGGUCUUUAUGGCUCGGUUGCCAAGGCAGCGCCAACAGCCAGUGGAAGACGUAGCUGCAGCAAGUGAAGAGGAAGUGAAUGAGGUUGAGGAAGAGGAAAUGGAAGAGGUUGAGAGAUGUGAAGCAGAGUUUAAUUUUCAACAGUUUGUUGCUGACUUUGCUCACCCAGAAAUUGUUAAAUGCUACGCAGCCCUCCUCGCAGAAUUCGCUACCAACUCUGACCAGGUCAACCACUGUGUGGUUAAAAUGUUGCAUCGAAUCUCCCAUGAUCUCGGUUUUAUCGGAAUGCUUUUCCAAGCUUCUAUUUUCAAAACUUUCAGCCACUUACUCCAUGGACCCUUUGCUGGUUUGGCUCGAUAUAAAGAGCUGAGUAAGUUUGCCUGCUAUGUUGUACGCCAGUUUACAACCAUUGCCCAGACCAACAAGAAAGUCUUUGUGGACCUGAUGUUUUGGAAGAAUAAAAAUGAAGCUCUAGCUAUCACCAGCAACUAUGAUUUUACAUCUAAAAGUUCAUCUAAAGUGUCUUGGACAGAACAUGAUGAGCAGGAGCUGAGCUCUUUGUUUGAAAAGUUUAGACAUGUUCAUCAUCCAGAAAAAGACACAGUGGACUUGAUCAUGGGGGAGCUAACUUCUUCUCACACUAGGCUGCAGGUUCUGAAAGAGCUGAAAAAACAGUGCCUGAUCACAAGUGUUAAAGAUAUACACAAACCUAAAACAAGCAGGCAGAGACAGGUUUGGACAGAGGAAGAACUAGCAGAAGUCCGACAGUUGUUUGAAGAGUUCAAGGAAUCUAAUUAUCCGAUUUCUGACAUCAUGAAGUCCUAUAGUGGUAGCAAGGGGAGGUCAGCUGUGCUCAACAAACUUUUGGAGCUCAAUCUGGUAGAUGACAAAAGUCAGCUUCUGAAAAAAAGGAAUAAAAAAUCUGGGGGAAGAUCAAGAACAAAACGAGAAGAGUCUGGGGAGUCUGAGGAAGAGAACAGUAAUGAUGAUGACAGAAGUGGCAGUGACAAUGAUGACGUAUCUGGAGCCCAGGAACAUUCCACUUUGUCUGUCAGUGUCUUGGCCAAGAAAAUUGUUGACAGUGGCUACAAGAAUCAGUUGGCUUGGAUACAGAGAGGGUUACGUAACACAGCAGAAGACAGGGAUGAAGGAGUUUGUGUACCGACCCCACUUGUGGCUUUGACUGAAGAAAAUGAAACUGCAAUGGAAGAUGACGUAUUCCUCAAUUUCUUACGCUCACUUGGGAUUUCUCCACCAUCUAAUGAGCAGGAAGUUUUCUGGAGAAUACCCUCGGAAUAUUCCGCGUCAGAACUUCGUAAGAUAGCGGAUUGUUUGGAGUUAACAGCCUGCGAUGACAUCACUAGUGGCAAUGAAAUACAAGACAUAGUGGCCAGAGUUUUCCCAAACAAAGCCUCGCAAAGUAAAAUGAAUGGCAAAGAAAAGAAGCUGAAAAAGAAACAGAAAGAUAGGAAACACUCAGAUGUACCAAAAGCUAAAAAAGCAAAAGAUAUUAAAUCUAGUUCUGCAUCUGAGGAGGAAAGUUUGUCCACGUUUGUUCCAGUUAUUCCUCGUGUGGCCAAAGGCAGUGACACCAGUGAUUCGGGACUGGAUUCUGAGCUGGAGGCCAAAGAGCAGAAGGCCAUUUGGUUGCAGAAACGGGAGAAAAAGAGUAAACAUGUGACUACUGAGGAGAGAAAGAAUGCACUGAAGAGGAUGAUGGAGAGGCGGAAAGGGAGAAAAAGUCAAACUGGAAAAAACAAAAUUGAAAGUGAUAAUGAAACUGCCCCAGAAAUGGAUGUGCCUAAAGAAACUUCAGAUCAAAUGCAUAAAGCACCAAGAGAAGAAGACAAAAAUAAUGAAACAGCAAAUACCAAAGAAUCUGAUUCUGAAAGUGAUACAAGUAGUCUGUCCAGCUUAUCAGAUGACCAAUCACAGUCCAACAAUGAUCCUUCUCAGAAAGAUAUUGUUGAUUUCACCAGUGAAAAAUCUGAAUCAAAUUCUGUUGAAAGCAAGUUAGCUGCUGUUAAAACUAGAAAACGAUUUCUUGGCUCUGACAGUGGCAGUGACCCUGACGGUGAAAUUGCAGAGGAAGCUACAGUCAAGAGUAAAGAUAAGAAAAUGAAGAGAGUGAGGAUGUUGUCAUCAGAUGAUGAUGAGGAACAAGGGAAACCAAUAGAAAGCCAACAGGAAGAAAGUUUUAAGCUUCAUUUUUCUAGCAGCGAGGAUGAAGAUGAUGAGAGUAAAUCAACUUCGCUGGAGAAGAAUGCAAUAAGGGAAUCUCAGUCUGAAUCCACUGUGAAAACUUCCGCAGAUUCCUUUCCUGCCACACUUCUGACCCAAGGCAUAGACUCUGAUGAAGAAGAUGACCACGUCCCACUCAGGACUGCCAUCAAAAGAAAGAGAGCCAUCACCGACAGUGACGAGGACUAAGAAUGGAACUAUUAAUUUGUUUUACAGAUUAGUUUUAUUGCUUAUUGUGAGUUGAUCGUAUUUCCUGUUAACUAUCACAAAAUAACCCAGUUUGGGUGGUUAUUUGUGACUAGUCUUGAAUGUUGACAUUAGUGCAUAAUUGAAAUAUUGAGGGUUUUUUUUUCGGCAUACUGGUUGGCAGUCCUAACAAGCGAGUGGUUUUAGUUUUUAAAGUGUCCUUUGAUUAUUAUCAACCUAGAAAAAAGCACUUAAAAGUGGGAUUUGCUUAAUAAACAUACAGGACUGAUGAUGUCAUUAUCCACAACUUUAUACAGAGCUGAUUAUGUUACUUUACUGAGAAUAGAGACCAUUUGUAGUCUGUAAGAGUAUGUGAAAAUACUACAGUAUAUUGUUUCAUUCAAACAAUGUAAAGUGUUGGGGAAUUUAAAUACACUGUAUGUGACAGCAGGAAACUGUUUUCUAAGAAUGGAAUAUUUGAUUUAUUGAACUACACAAUAAUAUAAUAUAUAACUACACAGUCAUAGGUCUGACUGCAAUAUAACUACACAAUCAUAGGUCUGACUGCAAUAUAACUACACAGUCAUAGGUCUGACUGCAAUAUAACUACACAGUCAUAGGUCUGACUGCAAUAUAACUACACAGUCAUAGGUCUGACUGCAAUAUAACUACACAGUCAUAGGUCUGACUGCAAUAUAACUACACAGUCAUAGGUCUGACUGCAAUAUAACUACACAGUCAUAGGUCUGACUGCAAUAUAACUACACAGUCAUAGGUCUGACUGCAAUAUAACUACACAGUCAUAGGUCUGACUGCAAUAUAACUACACAGUCAUAGGUCUGACUGCAAUAUAACUACA